AUGGAAAAGGAGCAGAAGCACCUCAGCGAUAGUGAGCUUCGGGAGCUGGAGCAUUUGAAGAGCGAGUUCGUGACCCAACGAAAGGCCCUAGCGGGUGCCGUCCGAGCUGAGCAGGGCCGAGGUGACUGUACCCCUGGUACUCCAUUCCAGCCUAGAGAGGGUUGGAUUAGAUUGGAGUACGUCGAUGAGGACGGUCAGACUAUGCCUUAUCAUCUCAACUGUGAGACUGGCGAGGUCCAGUGGGAGAUGCCGGAUGAAGCAUUGCAGAGUCGAGCUCGCGGCCUCUCCUUGAUUCCGGAGGAGCUCGAUACGUAUGAGCAGAAGGUGAAGGCCUAUAAGGAGGUCCAGAAAACUAAGGGCUUCCACUUACUCGAGGAUAACCGCUUCAAUGAGGCACGGUCUAGGAUGCCCUUGAGGAUGACCAACUUUGGCAGUCUGGUUUCUCUCUUCUGCUGGUGUGGAGCGAUAGUGGACACAGCUCUGGAAGUGGCGAAGAUAGAUACCACUGGUGAUCGUAACGCUGCUGUGAGAGAGGGCAUUAACCGUCAUUUGGUGGCCUCACCGGUGUCCUACGGCACUCCAGCUCUGCUUGAUA